GAAAUUGUUAGUAUUGCUUUAACUGUAACUAAAUAUCUAGCUUAUCUGUUCUCUUACGUCUUUUGUUUUAGAGAAUCGAACAAUGGACGUCGAAAAUGCGAACUGCAAAGUGCGCGUCUCACAGUGCACUGACAUGGAAGUGAUACCAAUCAAGCGUCCUCUGAAGAUCACACAUGAAAUUACCGGUCUAGAAAAGCUAGUAGAAGAACUACACAAGGUGUUCUCAAACGAACGAGUGAAUGUGCAAGAAGUUCAGAGUUUGAUGGCAGGAUACAAAUCUGACCCGAAAGACUGGAAGAAAUACGCCAAAUUCGAUCGGUUUCGAUACACCAGAAACCUGGUGGACAGUGGUAACGGUGCGUUCAACAUCAUGGUGUUGUGUUGGGGGCCAGGCCACGCAUCAGCUAUACACGACCACGCCGAUUCACACUGUUUCAUGAAACUCCUGCACGGAAGCUUGGAAGAAGUAAGAUACGACUGGCCAUCUACUGUCGAACCAGAAGUUAGGAGGGUUCAAAAAAAUAAUAACGUACAACCGUGCUGUUGUUCCGGAAGUGACAAGGAAAUCGUCGACAAGAUGGCUGAUCUCGACAUGAGUUGUCAAAAUGACAGAUGCCCAAAUUUCGGCAGAAAAAUUGACGAGUACAGAAACGGCGAAAACGAUAAAUGCAAUGAGGAAGACGGUCUCGAUUUUGAGCAGAUGGAAGAAAUAGGAAGGACCAAAUUGGAAGUCAAUGACGUUUGUUAUAUAAAUGAUGCUCUCGGCCUCCAUCGGAUGGAGAAUCCUUCUCACGUGGAUAGUGCUGUCUCGCUUCAUCUUUAUUGUCCACCGUUUGAUAGUUGUCGAGUGUUCGACGCGCGUACUGGAAAACCUACGCAGGUCAAAGUAACCUUCUGGUCAGUCAACGGGAAGAAAGUUAAAAAGGUGAUCGCAGCUAAUGAAAUAGUCGAUAGCCAAUAA